AAAAAAAAAGAGUCAGUUUGGAAGCCAACCUCUGCUAGGAGUGCUGGAUGGGGCUAAAGUCCAGUUGGGGUAGGGUGCAGAGGGCCACCAUUAGCCCAGGAAAUCUAGGAAGGGAAAAGGGGAUCUCCCCAAGAUGGAGGCAGGUCCUGGGCUGUCCCGUGGCUGCCCUGGCCCCUGGCUCAGCUCCCCUUUGCUCAUCUUGCCUUGUCCCAGGUCAGCUGGAUAAUCAUUCACAAAGCUUAUAGGCGCUCUCCUCUCCCUUCCUCUUAUCAGCUCUAACCACCUUUGGCCCAGGUGACGUCGGCCCCGCCCCUUUCCUGCCUCCCUCCCCCCAGCCUGCCCAAGGCGGCAGGGUCUGAGCUCCCGGCGCUGCUCCCCUUCUUCUCCCACCAUGUUCUCCCUCACCUCCUGGCUCCCCUCCCUGCCCUCUAUGGACUGGGGCUCCAGCUUAGUGGACUCCCUCCUGCAAGGCCUGAUUGGAGCCUGUGGAGUCUCUGUCCUUGGCAGCUUCCUGAAAAUCUAUUUCUUCAUCUAUUGUGUGAAUGAUCCCAAGAAAGAGAAGGAAAAACUAUAUCUGCUUCCCCAAUGGCGUGUGCUGGAGCCCCUGCACCUCAUGGGGCUGACAGCCUUUCUCACUGUGGUCGGGGUCCGAGUGGCUGCCCUUGUGGUUCUGGAGUUCUCGCUCCGGGCGGUCUCUAUGCUGCUAAGCUUGAACAAGAGCUCGCUGGUCCCUGAGCUUCUCCAGCUGUUUCUUCUGUGCCAAUAUUCCCUGGGCUGUGGGCUGACCUGCGGCCUGAGCUUCCUGCUGGAGGGGGCCCCACACCAGACUCUCAACUUGCUGCUCAGUCUGGGACUGGCCGGACUUCUGGCGAGUGGGGCCCGGCGCCUUUACGGCCAUGUCUGCCGCCUCUACGAACUUCACAGCCGGGAGCACUACUGCGGGGCCUGCCUGAGCCUGCUGGCCAAGUGGCAGGACCUCCCCACGCUGCUGGGCCGUGCGCUGCGGGUGGCCUUCCUGGUGGGUGACGUGGCGGCCGUGGCCCUCAUCAACCGUGACUUCCUGUCCACCUCAGAGGCUGUGCGCUUCUGGACUCCGCUUACCAUCUGCUACGCCCUGCUGGUCAUAUACAUGCAAGAAGAACAGCGACAUCAUCCAAAUAUGAAGAUCCAUUACCAGACGGUAUUUGUGCGAAUGGGUGGUCUCUUUAUCCUCCUGCUGACCGUUGGCCGCUGGCUGGACCUCAUGGGUGUCUUUGUCUCUCUCUUUGGGGAGCUCUGGUGUCUGGCUGGUUCUCGAGUUCUGCUUGACCUUUGUCAGAAUCAGGAUCUCUCCAACAAAUCUGUGGCAGCACUGAAUCAGGCAAAGCCAAAAGCCCAAUCUCAACCCCACCUCUCCAAAGAAAAAGCCCAUUCUUAAGACCAGAGUGGAACAAGUGUGGACUCUUCCAGGAUCUGGAACACAACAAGGAUUCACCUGCUCUUGGAGAGGUCUUGGAAAGAUGGAGCUGGAGACUUAGCUCUGCUGGGCGGGGUCACCCUAGGACCCUUCUGUCUGGUCCAGUUCUGUUGGCUUGCAGAAAGGACUCCUGGGAAAUGUCAGAGUUUCCAAAUCAGAACCACGCCGGACAGAAUGGAGAGAUAGUCCUGCUCAAAUUUGUAUUAUGGUUCUUGAACCAAAGCUAAGCUGCUGAUCUUAUCCUCUGUUUACCCCCUUGGGAGGAAGGAACUGGGGCGCUGAUAGUCCUUGGUGAUAGGAAGGUCUUGUACCGCCCCUUCUUUGCCUUCUCUUCCCUAUCCCAUAACAAAUAAAAUAUUAAGACUCUU